CAAAAAAUUAUGGGCAUUAGUCGAUCUCAACGGCCGGUUGGCUUAUUAUUCUUUACCAUUGCUCUUGCGAUUGUGAAUGUUGUUUACACGAGCCAAGUUCUCAAAGGAUCCGUCGCUUGCCUUGAUUGUGCUCACGGUGUUGAUCUCUCGGGGUUCCAAGUCUUAGUAAAAUGCGAUAGCUCGAAGAAACUAGCCAUGACAUACACGCGGCAAGACGGCACUUUUGAUACUGAACUUCCCUCCGAUGGCCAAAAUGUGUCUAAAUCGAGCAAUCCCGAUAAGUGUAUGGCAAAGAUAAUGGGUGGCCCUCACCAAUUCUACAUCCGGACCAACAAUGCAAUAAUUCCCGUAGUCAAAUCCAUCGAAUUUGGACACUCGACAGUGUCGAAACCUCUCGGAUUCUACAAGAAUUGUCCUCCAAAGAGCAAAUGUGAUGCCAAAGAUUUUGGCUUCGAAGCAUCCGAGGUUAAAAAACCCUUACCAGGACAAGGACAAGGGGAAGGGGAAGUUCAUGAUCCAUCUACCUAUAAUUAUAUCCCAUUUUUUCCUAUUGUUGGUAUACCUUAAUUUGUACUAAUUAUUAAUAUGCAAAUAUAUAUAUAUAUAUGUGUGUGUGUUGAAUAAUUAAAGAUGAGUAGUAUGUGAUUUCAGAUUUAUAUUUAUAUGGUAUUUGGUUGUAAGAAUAUUGAAUAAGUUUGAUUUUUGUGUGGUUUGAU